AUGCGACGCCAUUCAUUGGAUACGAAUAGUAUACGACAGCAGAUCAAGUCGAUAUUCACUUCCCCAUCACGAAAAAUACGAAAUUUAACAAAUCAACAUCAUCAUGAGCAGCAUCAUGAAAGUCUACGUCAUCCUCAUCGACAUUCUCGACGUUUUAGUGUUCCAGAUAAAAAAAGUUCGGAAAAAAUAGAUCUCAACAAUGACCUUGGUACUAUUAAUGAAAAAAAGAGAGAAAAACGCGAACAAGGUGGAAGUACUACGCUAUUAAACAAAGACCAUCAAGACGGUGUUUCAACAUAUAUGCAUAUUUAUGUAAAGUCAAAUCGGUGA